CCCAGCUGACGUCAGCUGGCAGCCUCGGCUCUGCUCGCCGCUCCGGACACAGCGCCGUGAAAAUGCUGCUCUCCGUGCCGCCGAGGACAGCGAUCAACCCCUACCAUGGAUACAACAGCAGAAACGGCAAAAAGCAGGCCUAUGUGUCCUCCGGCCAGCAGAUGGCGCCACCCAGUCCCAACACCAACAGCAGCAGUAACAGCAGCAGUGGCGGAGGAGAGCAACUGAGCAAGACCAACCUGUACAUACGUGGGCUGCACCCAGGAACCACAGACCAGGAUCUGGUCAAGCUGUGCCAGCCGUAUGGAAAAAUAGUGUCGACGAAAGCCAUCCUAGAUAAGACCACCAACAAGUGUAAAGGUUAUGGCUUUGUGGAUUUCGACAGCCCAGCUGCAGCACAGAAGGCUGUCACUGCGCUCAAGGCCAGUGGAGUGCAGGCUCAGAUGGCCAAGCAACAGGAGCAGGACCCCACAAACCUGUACAUCUCCAACCUGCCACUGUCCAUGGACGAGCAAGAGCUGGAGGCCAUGUUGAAGCCUUUCGGUCAGGUCAUCUCCACCCGCAUCCUUCGCGACAGUAACGGGACGAGUCGGGGCGUCGGCUUUGCCAGGAUGGAGUCCACAGAGAAGUGUGAAUCCAUCAUUCAGCAUUUUAAUGGCAAAUACAUAAAGACUCCCCCAGGAAUACCAGUGCCUACAGAGCCCUUGUUGUGCAAGUUUGCUGACGGGGGGCAGAAAAAGAGGCAGAACCUGGGCAAGUUCCUUCAGAAUGGGAGGCCGUGGACCAGGGAAUCGGAAACGGGCGGAAUGACAUUAACAUAUGAUCCAGCAGCCUUACAGAACGGGUUUUACUCGUCCCCGUACAGCAUCACUCCUAACAGGAUGAUGGCUCAGACGUCCCUGUCGCCCUACAUACACUCCCCUGUCUCAUCCUAUCAGGUGCACAGCCCGUCCUGGAUGCACCACCAGUCGUACCUCAUGCAGCCAGCAGGGGCGGUGCUCACCCCCACAAUGGACCACGCCAUGUCCAUCCAGCCCAGCUCCAUGAUGGCUCCCCUGACGCAGCAGCUCAGCCACAUGUCCCUGGGCAGCACCGGCACGUAUAUACCAGCGAACACAGCUAUGCAAGGGACCUAUAUCCCACAAUACACCCCAGUGCCUCCCUCCAGCGUCUCAGUAGAGGAAAACUGUGGUCAGCAGCAGCAGGUUGCUAUAGAUACGUCCACAGAACACACAGGCUACUCUUACCAGCACAGCAAGUGAAGUAAAGAUUCAACCCCAGAAUGGGCAGCUUGGAGCUGGAGAUGGGCAUUGACUCCACAAACUCCCUGGACGUCACACACCGGACUCUCACAUGGAAGACAGAAAGGAACGUGUUUCUCUUGGAAGACAAAAGCUUAUCAUGGUUGACGCAGCCAAAGGUGGGGGAAUUUCCGGGAAAGACGAAUGAUCUAUUUUGAUAAGUGGAAAAAAAUAUACAUAGAAAGAGAGAGAGAGAGAGAAAAUACCGCAAACCGACAAAAGGGGAAAAGACACAAACCUUAUUUUUGUGCACGUAUCAUAAAAAAUCCUUAUUUUUAAAAAGCUUCUGGAGUUUCAGAAUGAAACAUGGAAAAAGUUGCAACACAAAGUGUCUUUUUUAGUUUCCUUUUUUGUAAAAUAUGCAAACUUUUAUUUGCAUUUUUUUUAGUUGUGUCUGUUUUUGGACAUUUGGUCGGCUGCAAGAGGCGGAUUUUUGUACAGAUUCACAAGCUGAAACAAUGAAACGAUGCAUUUUUGUCCAGUUUUGCGACAUAGUAGAUUUGAUACUUCUAUUGUAUUUUAUUUUUUUUUAAUUGAAGACAAAUACAAACCAAACCGCUUGAAUCACUGCUUCCCAUCCGAGCCGUUGUGAAAAUCAAGAGCCACAACUUCAUUGUUAAAGAGCAUCCUGGAAAAGACGAACGUUCACGUUUCCCCCGAAACAAUUUUUCCAAUUAGGAGCAAAAGACAAUCACAAACUUUACUAUUUAUAUUUUAGCCGUAGUUCUAAUUUUUACCAUUUCAAUCGGCCGAAUGAAAACGCACCACGAUAUCGAGAACUAAAAGAUAUAAGUAAUUUAUAUAAGUAUGUAAGUAUUUCACAGAUUUAAUGUAACACACCCACUUCCAAAAGAAGACACUGAACCGGAAACAACAUAGUAUAUUUGACACGGAAUUGCUUAGCUAAAUGUAGGCCUUCUGCGUUGAAAGUAACGAUGUUCAAUGGUUUGAAAUACAUUUUUAAAAGAAAAAACAUAGUCAAUUCAGCCUACAAGUUUUGUUAACCGGCUUCCAUGUCAUUGAGGCUUGUAAGGGUUUCAUUAAAUUUCAGACUCACGGCUCUUAGCCUGGACUGGGGGCGCUCUGCCGGGAUGUCAGCCAGUGAUACUGCACUCAGCAAGCGGCUUCCUCAGGCUGCGGACGAGGGCUGAUUUUAAGCGGCUUUGUGUUUGUACUUGUCUGGUUUUCAUUAAAUAUUUCAUGCCGUCGGACAAGUAAAUAUGAACAGAACUGUGCAGACCUAAAAAAGCUAAACUUUAGAUUUUGAAAAAAUGUCAACGUGAGGAGAGAAGGCGAGCAGACGACAUAAAGUCCUCUGAAGCUGUAUAGUGGGGGAGGGAUUUGGGGGGGUCUUUUUUGUUUUUAUUUUUGCUUUCACAAUGCUGCUGUUUCUGUGUAUUAAUCUUCUCCUGUGACCUGGAUUUUUAAAAAUGCUUUUUUUCUCUUGGGGCUUUUAAUUGACUUGAUUUUUGUUUUUGUUUUUUUUUUAAUAUAUUAAAUUUCUUUCCGAUAAUGUAGAUCGUUAUUAGUGAAUAACACUCUAGGAGAUUAGCUGUUAGCCUUUAAACAAUGCGUAGGAUUUUGAAAUGAUGCUUGAGGUUUGUGAGUUUGUGCACAAAACUCAGUGUUUUCCCCAUUUGUGUGGGAUUUUUAUUCUUUUGUAAUAGUUUAGAUUCUUUAUCAGUCACAUUUGGAACCAAGCCUCGUUUUCAGUAGGGUUACCUCCGUCUCAGGCGUUUAUGCAGGUAAAGGUGAAACAGUCGCAUGUUUCUAAGGUUUCUUGGAGACCGUGACAUUUCCAGAUGACAUCCUAGUGGAGAUCCAGAUGUUGCAGUACUGGUACUAAAUUCAGGGCGCAAAAUUCCAGCAUACAAAUUUAAACCUAGAAACUUGAUUCGAUUAGAUUGCUAUGGAUAUGUUUUAUGCCACAACUGUGCAAUGUACAAAAGCGUCAUAUAAAAAAAUGAAUUAAUGUUUCACUCCGAGUUUAUUCUAUUUGUGGAAUGUUAAAACAUCCAAAUCACUGAGGUCUUUUGUGGUAAUUUGGCCUUUUCCUGUAAUAUUAAAUUUUGUAGCUUCCUUUCUUCAAUUUAGUAGAAAAAUGUUGCUGGCCAAUUUUUUUUAUAUCAGGAAAUACUUGACUUUUUUCACAUUUGGAUAGAUUUGGGGCUUUGACUGAUUUUUCUACAAGGGACUUUGUCUGUAUUUACAGUAUGUACAGUACAGUGUCUCAUAUCUACUGACUACACAAGCUGCAGCUCCUUCUGCGUAAUAUUAAACCCUUGGGUCAAUUAAAUCUGACCAAGGACCAAGACAUACAAGUGACUGUUGGCUGAGCAAGCAGUAAGUGGUGUUCUUUGAUUGUUUGAUCGUGACUGAAAGGCUGAAAGAUUUUACUCUGCGUUUAAAGAGGGACGUUUAUCCUUUGGGAUCAGCGUUUAAAAAAAACAACAGAAAAAUGCAUUUAGGACUCACAAGGAAUGGAAAGAUAAGCCAUCCAAUCCCAGGGAGCCAUUGGGUUGAUGAUGUAAUCUUAAAUUAAACAUUGUUGAAGGACACUUUCUUUAAGGUAGAAGAUGAACUGAGUGUAAAGCCAAGUCUCACUCUGAGCAGGAGGCCGGCUCCACUCUGACUGCCUCUGUCCGUCAGUGAUCUCAUUCUCCCGGAUUCGGGAUCCAGUCCUUCACUCGCUGUCCGCUGGCGUACCCUCUGAGUCUCGGUAUGGAAUGUGAUCUCAUUCUCCCGGAUUCGGGAUCCAGUCCUUCACUCGCUGUCCGCUGGCGUACCCUGAGUCUCGGUAUGGAAUGUGAUCUCAUUCUCCCGGAUUUGGGAUCCAGUCCUUCACUCGCUGUCCGCUGGCGUACCCUGAGUCUCGGUAUGGAAUGUGAUCUCAUUCUCCCGGAUUCGGGAUCCAGUCCUUCACUCGCUGUCCUCUGAGUCUCGGUAUUGAAUGUGUGGCUGAUUGUUGCUUAAGACAAGUGAAAUAAUCACCUUCUUAGAAAGUUACUGAUACUUUAACAUAAAAGGGGCCAGUGAACCUGUAAAGGACAAUUUAGAUCAAUGGAAAUGGGCAGACAGAUGAGGAACCGGAUGGGUCAGUUGGUUUGGUCACGUUUACACGUGAAAAACAGCUGCAUGCUUUCAGGUUUAUUUGCAUUUCUGUACAUAUUCAGACUAAUUUACCCUGAUUCUGUCUAAGCAUUCGGACUCUCCUCCUAUAUUUAGCUGUGUUUUUUCCCUGUAUCACUUUAAUUGUGUCUGGUUUUGCUUGGUAAUUCUUUCGGACAUACAGUCAGUUCAUAUCUAUCAGAUGCAAAUGGCCUCAUGAAGGAAACUGUCUUUUUUAUCUUAUGAUGUUAUUUAAAUGUAACAAAUCAAUCCAGCCACUAUACUGAGAAUAACAAUACUGGUUUUAAACUAUGAAAGAACUAUUGUGCUUAAAUGUUUUGCCUCUGGAUCCAGGUUUAAGUCGAAGGUGAGAGCUUGUGGGUUAAGGCUGCUUAUCUUCUACCUGCCUCCUAGUCAGCAUAAGCUGAGCUCAGUCGCCAAACUCAUUCUGUGGCAUAUUUAUUGGUUCUUGCAUGUAAAAGCUUCCAUAUACCUCAAUCCCCAGCUCUCAGUAGUUGGUCUACAGGCAGUAGACUGUGCAUAUAGGAACAGUUCAGAUGGUUGUACUGGACAGUAUCUCUCACUUACCAGCCUUGGAUUUUAAAGAAAUCUGUUAAGGAUGUCCUGCGAUGUUCAUUUAGUCCUCUGCCCCGUUUGGUGCGGCUCUAACCUUUUUAUUUCAUAGUUUUAAAUCCUUUCGCUGCUAAUGAGGAAAAUGAGGAAUCAGUUUUGCGAGGCUCAAGCCAUAGUGGGUGUUUAAAUAAACCCAUCUUUACUUUCUAAUUUAAUUAAAAAAUAUAUAUUUUUAAAAAGGCAGUUUAGGGUCAGACACUUCUGUCGUGGUGUAGCGGGUAGCUGCAGCUGUGUUACGACGGGGGGCAGGAGACUCUGGUGGUUUUUACUGUAAAAUGAGCUCGAGUCCCACUGAAAUCUCCAGACGUCUAAAACUGCACUUGAUCAUUAUAAAAAACCGUCAAUGAUUAGUAUAAAUGAAUUGUUUGAAGAGAGUUAAGAGCAACGUUGUUUUCACUCGCAGAUCAGUCAGAAAUACGUGCCUUUGACAUUGCCUAUUAAAUGUCUGUUCAGAUAGCUGCAAUUCUCCUAGGAACAACUUUGACAAGAAAAUCAUGCUAUUUCAUCUGGCAAUAUUUAGUGGUUCCUGAAGGGUGAGCUGAACAUUAGGCGUUGGUUUUUACAUUUCUGUGCUCCUCUCCCACACCUUAACAUUAGCACACACAUUGCGUGUCACACGUUUAUGCACAUUUGCAUGUGUUGUACAUAACAGAUUUUGCAAUCAAAACGUUUUUUGAAAAUUUAUUAGGCAGAAAUUGCAGUAUCGAGUAAAUAUGAAAGGGAUUUUUGCACAAAAAUGUGGAGAGUGUUUGUGUAGCUCCUAUAGAGGCAGUUGUUCCCUAUUCUGGACUCCAGAGUCAAUCACACUGGCUCCUGUUUUGCUGAACUAGACAGUUUCAGUGUCUUGUCUUCCUUCUUUCACGUGUCUCCAGGACUCACAACCACACAACCGACUCAUCUCUCCCGCAGCCACUGCUCUCAAGCACUUUCCUUAUGUACACAGGAUUUCAUUUUGUUGGAACGGUUCCGAGAAAAGCGUUGUAGUAAUCAGUGGGUUAACUGUUCUCUGUCUUCCUGUACCACUGUUUCUGGUUCCUCCGUUAAUCGUGAGUGUGAGUGUCAGUGUGCACACACUCGUGCACCUUUUUGUUUUUUAUUACAGGGGGGCAAAAUCACAGCUUUAAAGACUUUUUUUGACUUUUGGUUUUGCUUUUUGAAUUUGAUGUGUCAGUUUUUUUUUUAAUUAAAAAGAUCUUGUUUUUCA